AUGAAGGUCCCAUGGUUAGGAGCCUUCGAGGAUGUAGACGCGCGGGCGCUCGUGGAAGAUUUCGAGGACGUCACGGAGCUGGCAGGAAUACUGUCGGACCGGGGUAAGUUGACGGCCCUCCGAACGGUUCUCAAGAGCCGGGUGCGGCCGGUGUUGGAUGCUGCUCGAAGAGGUGCGGAGAACAUGGAGCGGGCCGCCGCGAAGGACGCCUUGAUCGCGGGUUUCGACACCCCGGACGACUGCCGGAAGGCGUUGUGGAGCUUCCAGAUGGCGCAGCUCGAAGUUGAGGCGGACCCGCUGUCGCACGCCGUGGCCCUGAGAGCCCUGUUGGAUCGAGCGCUGCCAAUUUUGAACGCUGCUGUUCGCUCCGAACUAUUACUGGAGCGUGUCGUGGAGAGUCUGCCAGAUAAUCUGCGGGAAGAGGUGCGAAUUGCCUAA